AUGUGUGCAGAUGGUGUGAUUCGAAGAGGUGUUCCUGAUGGAGAAAUGGCAAGUAUUUUGUCUCAUUGCCAUGAUGGGGCAGCUGGAGGACACUAUGGUGGAAAUCGCACUGCAGAAAAGGUCAUGGAAGCCGGUUUCUAUUGCCCUACUUUGUACAAAGACGCACGUGCGUAUGUAGCUGUAUGUGACAAGUGCCAAAGGGCAAGUGAUAUUAGCAAGAGGGACGAAAUGCCUCAUAACUCCAUUCCGUGGGUCAAGGCAAUCCCUACUUGGACCAGUGAUGCUCGGGUGGUGUGUGAGUUCUUACGGAAGAACAUCUUUAAAGGCUUUGGGACAUCUCGAGUGAUUAUCAGUGACAAUGGGUCACACUUUGUGAACAAGCGGUUUGCUGCACUGCUGUCCAAGUAUGGGGUCAAACACAAAACAGGAACCCCAUAUCAUGCCCAAACUAGUGGGCAAGUUGAAGUGGCUAACCGUGAACUUAAACAAAUUCUUGAAAAGAUGGUUAGUGCUUCUCGUAAGGAGUGGUCUGAAAUGUUGGAGGAAGCUCUAUGGACGUGCAAAACUGCAUUCAAAACAACCAUAGGGACUUCACUAUUCAAACUGUGUGAACACAGGUUGGCGCAGAUGAAUGCAUUGGAGCAGUUUAGACUGGACGCAUAUGAAAAUGUGCGGAUUUUCAAGGAAAAGACUAAAAGGUGGAAUGAUCGUCUGAUUAAGCCAAAGGAGUUUCAUGAAGGGGAUAGAGUCUUACUGUACAAUAGUAGACUCAGAUUGUUCCCUAGAAAAUUUAAGUCUAGAUGGACGGGACCGUAUGUGGUGAAACAUGUAUCACCAUAUGGGGCAAUUAAGAUUCAGAACAUGGACGAAACGGAAAGUUUCAAAGUGCAUUGGCACAGGCUAAAACCGUAUCUUGCUGGAGGAUUUGCUCAGCAAUCCUCGAGCAUCAAAAUCAGUUAA